ACUAAACGUAUUUUAGCACUGUAUAUUGUGUUUUUAUUGCAACACCUGACAACUGUAACUGUUGUUGUGUGACUUAAGGUAUAUAUAUAAACAGCCAGCUGCCUUAAUCAGAAUGCGGUCAUAAUGCAAAUUCGUUGGACGGCAGUUCGGUUUCUCCUGCUUCUAAUGGUGGCAGCCAUACGGGCCAACCUGGACGGAUUCGGAAGUUGCGGGCCCUACGAGUGCCGUCUGAGCAAUCCGAUCUGCCGGUGCGAGUCCUUCUGCCAGGAGUUCAGUCAGCGGUGCUGGAAAAACCCAUCCGGAUGCCAUUGUGCAAGGGGAUAUGCCCGCGACGAACGAGGACACUGUGUGCCCCUCAUUUUGUGCCCCUAAUUAACCAUCAAAUGUCACUACUAAUCAAAUAUCAACUUAAAAUUUAUAUGUAAACUAACAAACAAUUGCAUAGAAAUAAUCAGCAUGCAAAAUAAAUACAGCAGACACAUUUUUAACGAGGAAAAAAUGGUACUAAAAUUGAUCGGGCGUAUAAUUAAAUUUCAACUAAGCAAUUACACAGUUGGCAAUGUUUUUCGU